AUGUGUCAGAGCAUUGAAGCUUCUUCAAUGGCGUCCACUGAGUCAACCAAUCCAUCUGAUCCAAUUCAAGUUCAGCCUUCACAAUCUGGUUUGAACCUUAGCAAUGAUUCUACUACUCUUAAUCCUCCCAAUCCCUAUUUUCUCAAUUCGAGUGAAAAUCUAGGCAACAUUUUGGUUACUCAACCAUUGCUUGGAAUGAAGAAUUAUCACUCAUGGUUUAGAGCAAUGAUUCUUGCUCUUACUACGAAGAAGAAAAUUGGCUUUGUGAAUGGAAAGAUUCCAAAGCCAGAUUUGGAUUCACCUUUGUGUGAAGAUUGGGAGAGCUGUAACACCAUGGUGCCUUCAUGGAUGAUCAAUUCUAUGCAUAUAGAUGUGUCCAGCGGCAUCAUGUAUUGUGAAAUGGCAAGGGAGAUUUGGAUUGAAUUACAGAAUCUCUUUUCACAAGGGAAUGGUCCCAAGAUUUACAAUAUGCAGAGAGAAGUUUCUCAUAUUUCUCAAAACCAGAUGUCAGUGACAGAGUAUUACACCAAAUUCAAGAGACUUUGGGAUCAAUUGCUUAAUUACAAGCCACUUCCAGAGUGUUCUUGUGGUGCUAUGAAGGUGCUGAGUGCUUCACAUGACAAAGCUUAUGUCAUGAGGUUUCUGAUGGGGUUAAAUGAGAAUUUUGAGACUCUUAUUGCCUAUCCAUUUCCUUCUAUGAGCAAAGUUUAUGCACCGGUUCUUCAAGAGGAAUCUCACAAAAACAUUGGACAUGGAGGUUCUGGCACACCUCAGUCUAAUGCCAUAAUAAUGUAUGCUAAUACAAGAGGGAAUUCUAGAAGUGCCAAUUAG